UCAGCCGCAUCCCCUAUCCUCAGCACCGUUGUCAUGUCUUCAGGUCUUGUAUCUUCGUUCUUAGCCGCUAUACAAGCUUCUCUAUCAGUUUUGCUAGUUAUUUCAUAUGGCGCCAUCGCCGCCCGCUUAUCUCUCCUCGACAACAAGAACGGGAAAGCUCUGAGCAAGAUAUGCGUCAAGAUGUUCCUACCCGCCCUCCUCGUCGUAAAAAUUGGGUCCGAACUGCACCCUGGCUCUGCGCACCGAUACGUCAUUAUCCUGCUCUGGGCAUUUCUGUGCCAUUUCAUUUCCUUCUUGAUCGGGAUUGCAAGCCAUCUUUGGUUGGGUCUACCGGACUGGAUCACAGCUGCAAUUAUGUUUAAUAAUACCACAAGUUACCCGUUGUUGUUGAUUCAGAGUUUGGACGAGACAGGUGUGUUGAGGAAGUUAAUUGUUACAGACGAGACGAGUCAGGAAGCGAUGGAGAGAGCGAAAAGCUAUUUUUUGGUGUUUGCGACCGUGUCUUCCUGUCUUACUUUUGCUGUGGGACCGAGGUUGAUAGAUACUGAGCAUGCUCCUGAUCCUGAAGACCAAAAAUCAGAAGAAGACGAAGAAGAAGGAGAAGAGGUUGAGACAGAGAAUAGUGUCGAACGUGAUGGAAUUCCAAACGAGGAAACAGGCCUCCUAGCUCCUCCAGGUCUCUCAGCAAGACAUAGAAACGCGUCGGUUGCUAGUCUAACCUUUUUCCCCUCGAAGCCAAGGUUCACAACCUUGCCGUACGAUCGCAGACCUUACUACAUCCCGCGUCCAAAAUGGAGAGACUUCUCACCACGUGCACAAUGGUGGUUGCUCUUCUUGUACGACUUCCUCAACGCACCGCUCCUCGGCGCUGUCCUCGGUGCGAUAAUCGGUCUCACGCCUCCCUUCCACCGCGCGUUUUUCAAUGACACAUACGAAGGUGGAAUCUUCACUGCCUGGCUGACUGAAAGUUGGAAGAAUGCCGGACAACUCUUUGUCCCGUUGCCGCUCAUCGUCGCUGGAAUCUCGCUCUAUUCGUCCUACCAGGAUUCCAAAAAUACGGAAAAUGCAAACCCGCCACUUCCUUGGCUAACAACUACUUUUAUCCUCGUAGUUCGGUUCGUUCUAUGGCCUAUUUUCUCUAUUGGUUUAAUCUACAUAGUUGUUAGGGAGCAAGGGAGAGGAGGAGUUUUAGGUGAUGACCCGAUGCUUUGGUUUGCGAUGAUGCUGAUGCCGACCGGACCACCCGCGAUGAAGCUGAUUACAAUGAUUCAAGUCAGUGAUGCGGGAAUUGAAGAUGAGAGACGGGUAGCGAAGUUGUUGACUGUGAGUUAUGUUAUUAGUCCGCUUUUGGCGUUUACAGUUGUUGGCGCGUUGAGGGCGAGUCAGGCGACAAUUUGAGAGGGAGACAGAGUACGUGGAUUUAAUGGAUCGGGAUAGAUAUGACUCGAUGUAAAUGCUAUUAUGCAAUU